AUGACGGUGGGGAACAUGGACAGCGUCGAGCUGUUUGACGCUGGGGAGAAAGGUCGCGGCCUAAGAGCGGGCAGAGACCUCAGCACCGGGGAGGUGGUCUUUGCAGAGGCCAGCUUUGCCGCUGUGGUCUUUGACAGCACGUCCACGCAGGUGUGCCACAGCUGCUUCCGUCAGCAGGCCGAGCUACAUGGCUGCGCCCAGUGCCGCUUUGCCUUCUACUGCAACCGCACUUGCCAGAUUGCAUGCUGGGAUGAACACAAGGAGGAGUGCGCGGCCAUCAAGAAGGCUGGCAAGGCACCCGCUGAAAAUGUUCGUCUCGCGGCUCGCGUGCUGUGGCGCCUUCACAAGGACACCGGCAUGGUGUCUGACAGUCAACUGAUCUCAGUGGAACAGCUCGAGGACCACGUGUCCGACCUGCCGGAAAAGGACCUUCGACAACUCCAGAGGGAUGUUGAGAGUUUCCUGGGCUACUGGUCCUACGGGAGGAAACGACACUCCGUCGACUUCAUCUCGCAUAUCUUUGGCAUUAUUACGUGUAAUGGCUUCACAAUGAGGGAGCAGAACGGGCUGCGAGCCGUCGGCGUGGGCCUUUUCCCCAACCUGUGCCUGCUCAACCACGACUGCUCACCCAACUGCUCCGUUGCCCUCAACCACGGCAACCAAACCGCCGUGAGCGCUGCUCUCCAUUCUCAGAGGAGGAUCGAGCUGCGAGCUUUAGGACCAAUCCCUGAGGGUCAGGAGUUGACUGUCAGCUAUGUGGACUUCCUAAACCUGUCGGGUGACCGCCAGAAGAAGCUGAUGGAACGUUACCACUUUGAGUGCACGUGUCAGCGCUGCAGCGGGCGCCUCAAGGAUGACCUGAUGAUGGCCGCAGCAGAGGGCAAGCCGUCUGCCGAGAAGCUGAAAGAGGUGAUCGCCUUUAGUGAAGAUUGUCUGGAAAAGAUGGACAAGUACCGUUCCGAGAAAGAUUUCCACGAGGUGGUGAAGUUGUGCGGCGAGUGCUUGGAGAAGCAGGAGAACGUCCUGGGUGACACUCACUUGUACAGGCUGCGUGCGCUCAGCGUAGCCAGCGAGGCGCUUUGCCGCCAGCGGUUGUUCUCCGAGGCUGCGGCGUACGCCAAGAGGAUGGUGGACGGAUACACGAAGUUAUAUCCCCACAACAACGCUCAGCUGGGCUUGGCCAUCAUGCGCGCAGGCGCCAUCCACUGGCAGUCGGGCCAGACUGAGCUGGCGCACAGCUUGAUCUGCAAAGCUUACGGCAUUCUCAUGGUCACCCACGGGCCCAACCAUGCCAUCACCAAAGACUUGGAGUCCAUGCGCAUGCAGACCGAGAAGGAGUUAAAGAAGAGGAAGACGUUAACCUGAGCCACGCUGAUGUCAAGAAGCAGCUUCUCUGUGGCUCGCAGUCGUAGCAGGUCAGCUCAUGUAAAAAAGAUGGCUGCUCAAGCACAACAAGUACAGUCAAGACCGAUUGUUCAAAGCAACUGGAGGACGUGCGGAAAAAAUAAAAUGUGCUGUCGUGAUCGCGCAA